GGCCCGUUUGGAUGGAGGAUAUGAUUUUGGGUGGAUAUAGAAAGAGGGUGGAUAUGUAAGGAGGGUGGACCCACCUCCUAAGAAGGGUGGAUUUGUAAUCCAAUGUUUGGAUGAUUUAUUUGGAAAAGGGAUUUGGAGGGUGGAUAUUAUGGGAUAAGAUGUGAAAUGACUUUAUUGCCAUCAUUUUAUUAAUUUAAUGGGUAAUAUAGGUUAAUUUAAGUAAAACUAAAAUAAAUACAUAUUUAUCAAAAAAAUUGGAUAAAAAUAAAUUAAUUUAGGUAAUUCAUGUUUAAACCUUAAUAUUUUUUUUUGAAAGAAAAACGGAUUAAAAGAUAAAAAAUUUGUAAAAUAAUUCAAUUAUUAUGAAACUUAUAUGAAAAAACAGAUUUCGUUUUUUUUUUUUUUUUUAAAUCUUCAUAGUUGAAUGGGAGGUAGAUGGUUGUUGGAUCAUGUGAGUGGUAGUAUAACCAUGUGAGUAAUAGGUUCAACAAACCAACAUAUACAAAUUUUUUCUAUAAAUAGAUUUUAUUUUUUUCUUCAUCUCAUCCCAAAUAUCAUCCCCAUUUUAAUUUUUAGUUUGAUAUUCUCGUUUUUUUUUUUGUUUUCAUUUCAAUGGCACGUCGGGAGUGGAGCGAGGAGGAGGAGGAGACGUUGUUAGAACAUCUUAAGAGCCUGGUAGAUGGGGGAAUUUGGCAAAAUGAGAACGGAUGGUUCAUACCGGCAUCCUUCGUAGUUUUGGAAACUCAAAUGCGAGCUUCUUUUCCCCAAGGUGGUAUUACAAAAUUUCAUAUCGAGGCAAAGAUGAAGUAUUGGAAGGCAACUUGUUUCCAACUACAAGACAUGCUUCAGAUUUCCGGAUUUGGUUGGAAUGAAAAUGAAAACAGACUGGCGGUGGAGAAUGAGGUUUGGAAUGAAUUUGUCAAAGUGAAUCGACAAUUAAGAAACAUGAGGGACAUGCAAUUCCCCAUGUUUAAUCGAUGGAGUCAUUGCUUCGUACGUUUCAGAGGUUGACGUUGAAUGCUUGAAGAAGAUCGUAGUUUGAAUAAA